AUGGGCAAUGUUUGCUGCAAUUGUGAAGAAGAGUCUUGCAGUACCUUAAAGAUCAGCAGGUAUUGACUCAUACUUUUUUUUUACCACUUUGCUUUUAAACACUAUGGUUCACAAUUAUUAUUGUCAUUCAGGCACAUAAGGAUUCAAGCCUAUCUUAGAGGCAGUGAUGGCCACAGACCUGGAUGACUUUUAAAGACAAAGUCACGCAGGAGAAGGCAAUAAGUGGCUAUGGACCCUGAUGGUUAUGUUCUACCUCCACCAUCAGAGGCAGAGAACACUUCUCAAUGCUGGUUGAUGGAAACCGAAGAAGAGGAGAGUGCUGUGGAGCUCCAGUUUUCCUUGAGAUCAAUUUGUGGCAUAGGAGGUGGUUGUGGCUUAGGGGGCUAUAUGUAUGGCGUUGAUUGGGUAGUUUGAGGUGGGCCAACUGAAUCCAGCUAACCACGUUCCAUUCCUUUAAGCAGAUAAUAGGCAUUGUCAAGGCUGACAGUGCUGACUAGCUGAUAAGGCAGAGUCAUGAAUGCUGAAGGAUGUAGGAGGAAUCGGUUUUGCAUACUUUUAUUUAUUUAUUUGUUUAAUUCAUGAACUGCUUCUCUAGAAACAUCCCCAAAUAGUUAACAACAACAAUGCACAUAAGCACUGGAACAGUAAGCACCACUUAAUUGCCACUUAAAAGGCUUGCUGGAAGAGAAAGGUGUGGAAAAGACAAUAAAGAUGGCAUGUAUCUGAUAUAUAAUGGGAGGAAGUUCCAAACAGCAGAUGCCACCAUGCUAACUUCAGGAUGAGAUGAUAUCUGCAGGAGGCCCUUUCCUGUAGAGCCCAGUGAUAUGCUGGGUAUAUAAAAAGUGAAGCGAUCUUUCAGGUAUCCUAGUUGCAAGCUUUGUACACAAGCACCUUAGAAUUAUAUAUGGAAUCCAGUGGUUCUGACCCAGUUAGCUUUGUACUACUUCCUGUAUUGAGUCCCCACUUAUCUCUGAGCCACUUAUGUAUUAUCAGGUUUUUUAAAAAAUAAACCUAAUUCCAUGCAAAUUUAUAUGCAAAAAUUACAUAUAUUAUGCAGGCAGAGGGCCUUCUCGAUAGUGGCACCCACCCUGUGGAAUGCCCUCCCAUCAGAUGUCAAGGAAAUAAACAACUAUCUGACUUUUAGAAGGGAAGUUUUUUAAGUUUGAUGUUUUAUCGCUUUUUUUAUUCUGUUGGGAGCUGCCCAGAGUGGCUGGGGAAACCCAGCCACAUGGGCAGGGAAUAAAUAAUAAAUUAUAUUAUUAUUAUUAUUAUUAUUAUUAUUAUUAUUAUUAUUAUUAUAUAAGAGCCAAGUCCUAUGCAAUAUUAUAUUUAUGUAGUAUAAUUGUAGAAGUAUAUGCAUUUCUAUACAGUUAUAUUUGUUGGUUACUUUGGAAACCUGGAGUGUAUAGGUGUAUAAUAAUGCAUACAAUAAUGCAUAUAAUAUGCAAAUAUUGUUUGUAUUACAAACAGAACUGGGGUAAGGGGGACAAACACUCUCUUUUCACUGAGAUUACAGAGCAAGACAGGAAUUAGAAAAAAUCUAUGUGAAUAAGCUUGACAUCAAGAUCUUCAGAAAAACCCAUCCCUAUGCCUAUGCACACUGUUCACUACUGUGUACACAACUUUGUAUUGUGGACAGAGUGAGAAAAUUGUGCCUGUGAAAUAGCUAUUAAACAGGCACAAUCUGAAGGCGUGGAAUUCUGCAUUCAAGUUAUUCAUUGAUUUUCACCUUAUACAACCCUAGUGAAGUCAGAGAUGUGUCAAGAAUGUAGGUCAGUACUGGAAAUAGCUCACUAGAAUAUAUCAAUGAAUUUUAAAAGAGAUUGUGGGAGUUCAGUGUUGACCUGAAACUGAACUGAGGGGUCCAAUCUGAUCAAACUACCAGCUGCAUCAGCUUAUUGUUCCCAAUUGUGAAUUUAUUUCUAUUUCCUGCCCCCAAACCACAACCUACAUGACAGAAACAUGAUGAAAUUUCCUCUUGGCAACCACACCUUUUGACUACCGAAUAAAACGAAGUAAAACACAAUACUCAUUUCAAUUACAGUAAUUUGUUUUAGUCUUGAGAGCAGGAUUAAUAAGGCAAAGAAUGCUUAUAAAGGUGUGGGUAAAAUCAUUCACCACAGAAAAAUAAGAAAGUGGAACUACUGCCAUGUGUGAAACUGGGGUAAACAGAAACCCCUUUCUCUUUACAAGAUGAGGCUGGAUUCAUGUCUCUUGACACUUGUGGUUUUCAUGUAGGACGUCCAGGCUGCAGUCCUCUAUCAACUAACCUAGAAGUAAGCCCACUGAAUAUAAUGGAACUUACUUUUGCUGGAGUAAACAUGCAUGGGAAUGUACUGUUAAAGCAUUACCUCAUGACUCUUGGGUAAAAGAAUGGCUUCCUCAGGCCACAGUGGCCAACCAGAUCCUGAAGUUGCAUAUAGUCAUCAUUAUUAGUAGCCAGUGAUGAUUGAAGACACAGGCUGCACAUAGAAUGUAGAAUGUAGAAAUGUGGAGGACUAACCCUAAGACUGGAAAUAUCAAAAACGCUAGAGAAAUUGAAAUGAACAUAUUCCCCCCUCCCUAGCCACAACACACACACACAGCAUGCACCACACAACAUUCUCACAUGUCUACAUGCAUGCACACCCCCAUUAGGGCCACAUUCUCCUCUAAGCUGAUCUUCCAGGAGGUUGCAACUAGAGAGGGCUGGGCUAACUCUUCCCCUCCCUUUCCAUUGCUCUCUCCAAGAUGAUUACCAAGCCCUCCACAGCAAUUAAGUUUGAAAAAAGUCUUCCAAUGGAACCAGGAGUUGGUGCCCCCCCCAAGCUUAAGUGUGGUAUGUGUGGUGUUUUCGGUUUCAGGGCAUGUCACAGUGUAUGGGAAGGGGUUGGGCCACUGAAAGACAUUUUGUUGUUUGAACUUCCGGCGGGAGACACGGCGAGCUGAGUCAUCUUUUACUAAUGGGCUCGCUAGUAGGAUGAUUAAAACAAGACAUUUUGCUGUCCAAAGUGAAGCACAGGAUGGACUCCUAGGGGCCAAGUCCUUCCGCCCCUCCGCAAUAAAAUAUUUGAGGAAUCUGACCCACCCCCCAAACUGAUGGGCACUGCCAUUCAAAUGGUGUGUGUGCACAGCCUCUUGUGAGGCAGGGUUUACCUGCCCCCCCAAUUUUAUUCAAGUUGGCACCUUUGAUGUCUGCCCUUUUUAGAUACAGAAGCUGGUCUGGCAAUUGAAUCUUAGUUCAAUGUCCUUUGCUGCCUUUGAGUAUAGCAGGCUAUGCUAGCUAAGGGGCACAGAAUAUGCUACAUAGCAGUGUACACACAGCUCUGUCCCAGAGACCUGUCUAUGGCUUUCUGCCCUCCUGCACUGGCUGCCUUUGUCAGCCACCUCACUCUGCCCUUCAGUGGGGCGCCAGCUCCAUGCAGGGUAUAUCUUUGCCACCCAGCUACUAGUACAAGCAGUGACAUGUGGCUCUUUGACUUAAUUAGGGGACUGUUUUGUAGCUUGUGACCUAGAUACGUCCUUCCAGGCUGUUUCUGAAGAAGGCAAAGGCUGUUUAUAAACAUGGCAGCCAAGUAUUCCUUCAGAGGUUCACUAAGCAUGAGGUAACAGGAGGAUGAAGUGUCAGAAGUCAAAGGUGCGGAACCAUCUUGGGCUUGCUCUUCUGAAGAGCCUGUAACUGCUGUUCAGGCUGAGGACUUGGAAACAGUCCACUGAGAGGUUUCCUGCCAGGGGAUUUGUUAGCUGCAAGAGCUUGACUGAGACAGGAUUGCAUUACAAAAAUGGUCUUUAUUCCUCUGCUGCCUUGCAAACUCCUCUAUAUCAAAUAUAUAACUUCUUGGCAAAACUUACAAAUUGCUAUUUCAAAGAAAUAAUGCAUACAUUAUGUUUUGCCUCUUAGGGAUGGAGGCUAAACGUGAGCAUUUAUUAAUCCAAUUAUUUAUUGCAGAUGACACCAGCAAAUAGCAAGCUAGAUAAAAUGAUACUCAGAUAACAGAAGGAUUUUAGAAGACUGAAAACUACCUGGUAACAAUUGCAAAUACUUGAGCUAGAUGCACAUUAUAAGAGCAAGGCCAUUAACAAAAUAUAUUACCUACUAAGCCGUUUGCUUUUGACCUAUGGCCUGGUCGGUACACACAGCAGAAUGGAUUGUACCACUUUUGACUGCAGAUGGAAGAAUUGCAUUUUAAAAUAUUUGUGGGAGGAAGAAAAGUCCCUGAAGUCUGACUGCAAAGAGCUUGUUAUAUGAGUAAACAUGUCACCUGUAGUCUGAAGUGGUACAGUCCAGUGACACCUGCUGAAAAUCCUUUUUCUAUGCAAUGAGAAAAGGCAGAAAUGUUUGGUCCUCCUUUAUAUCUGGUUACUUACUGUUCUGGGAAGUAGGGUGCAUGGGGAAAAGGGUAUUUGAUCUACAGAUAUGCUGGAGAAAGCUAGUAGAUGGAAAGGGACAUUACCCACCUCUUCUCCCCCUUCUCCUAAGGAUUGGGGAAAACUUCUGAAUGAGGGCGGCUGUAGCAUGGGGGUGGGAGGGAAAGGAAGAAAGCCUGAAAAUCAUGCAGAAACAUUUUCUGGGAAUGGGAGCUCCAUCUGGCUGCCUUUUGUUUUUAGGUCCUUGCAGAUUUUAUUCAUGCUCUUGUACUCUGGAAUCUGAUGAAGGACAGCUAAGAAAUAUUUCAAACAAACAAAACACCCAAGUUUGACUCCUGCCAGUGGCUGUUUCUUUAUAUUUCUUUCUCUGGCAAGGGACACUGAACAUAAAGGAAAUGUAAUCUUUGUGUGUGGUACAAAAUUCAUUCUUCCACUUAAUUCAUUUUUGUGUUCCCUCAUGUGUUGGGGCCUGAUGGUCGGAGCUCCACAGCUUUUUUGUGUUUGAUCAAAGGAGAAUGAAGUAGCACCACACUUGCCUCACACCACAGCAAGAAAAGAGGUUUAUUCACCCACCUUCUGGCACUUAGCAUCAUUCCAGAGUUGGGUACAAAGCCCUAAGGCCUUAGUUUAGGGUUGUAAAUUGUGGUGGCCUUUCAGUGUGCCCAGCUCAGUGUCAGAGCUCCUUGGCUUCCUUCUUCCUCUGGUGCCGCUGCAUUCUUCUUUCUAUGGGCACCUGGUUUAUUUGGCCACCCCUGCAUCCAGAAGGUUGCACCUCUUGGCAGACUGAUGCCAUGAGAACCAGUCUUUCCUUAGCCCUCUGCUGAAUUUUGCUCGCUCUUCUUCUCAAUUAUCUGACAUCAUCCGUCUCUCCUCUUUCCUUCUUCCCUCCCCCUGUAUUGAGCCUAACUCUUUUUCUUAUUUCUCAGAGUCAAGGGCUCCACCCUUCUAUCGGCCCCCUACCUCCUUUGACCUUUUGUACUCUCCAUCUGUUUCCUGGGGCCAUGCCAACCAGGCUCCUUCAUCCCUUUCUCUUCUGGGGUAACUUCUCUUGGAUUUCUGUGUGCCCUGUAUUAAACAAUCACAUGAAAAGUAUCUAAGUAUGUUGUGAAUGGAGAAGACAGUUGGAACAUGGGAGACAGAGGUUGAGAUUUUCCAGCACUUGUGAACCUUGACAGGUCCAUCAUACCUCUCAAAGUAGUUGUGAGGAUAAAUACAUGAGGCUGAAAUAUUCUUGAGAAAAAGACAUUCAUAAAAAUGUUACACUGUGAUGUAGAGGCAGAUCAUUUGAAAGGUAAGAAGAAGCUUAGCUCGGCUAUGUGCACUAUCAAUGCUGAAAGCCUUUUUCUGUUCUUUACUGAUGGAGCCUCGUUUUUAUUUUCAGACUGUGCUUUGCCAAUUUCCUGCUCACACUGACUAUCUGCAGGGAACCCAAGCAAAUGGCUAGCAGGAAGGUCACUUGCAUCCUUUUCUUUGUUUUCGUGGAACCAUUGCCUAAUGUAAAUACAGGUAAAACUAUGAAUUUAUUCUCUCACUGUGAUUCAUUGAACAAUGGCAAGCUCUUCUGAUGCUGUUGUGUAAGUCACACUUUUUACAACUUACUCAGGGGAAAAAAUAUUAUUUGUAUUAUUCUUCCUCCCACCAACUACAACUGAAUAAACAGAACUGUCCUUUUAAGUAAUAGCUGUCUUCUAUCAAGCAACCCCCAGUGUUUCUACAUAUGGUUCUGCUAAACUGGGUAUACAAAAACCUGUUGCAUGCAUGGACAUCCAUUCAUCUUAUUUGUUUCCCCAUGAGGCAAGCAUGAGAGAAUGUAGAAAUAGGCAUGGCUUUUCUUGUCAUUGGUCUCUAUUUUGCAAAUGGUACUUUAAAAAAGAGCAAUUACAAAUACAUGUUUAUUUGGAAGUACCACUGAGGUCAAUGGGGCUUUCUCCCAGGUAAGUGUGCAUAGGUGUGUCUUUAACAUAGUGGUACACCAAGUAUUAUUUUGCCAAAUUGAAUUUUGUUGAAUAGUGUAUUAAUGUUAUACUCAUGUUAGUUUCCACUGCUUGCAGCCAGGAGAAUGAAACUGAUUGAUAAUGUUCAAAUUUUCCUUAAAAAACCCCAAUCAGUUUCUGUAAAGGCUGACCCAAGUGAAAAUGUUGCAAGUAAAAGCUUAAUGGGUAUUAAAUAAACCAUUUAGCAUUGUUAAUAGGUGUAAACUAACACGACAAUAAUGGAUUUGCUAAUUUAUAGUCAUAAUACCCAACAAUGCUCAACUAGGCUCCUUUUGUCUAUAACUGGAGUGGCAAAAUUCCCUAUUUGCUUUGAACAAGGUAAUACCUAGAGUCUUAUGAUAAUAUUUUAUUUUCCAUAUUUUCCCCAAGUUCAAGUUUGGAAAGAUACACAUUAUUUCAGCCCCCACUAUUUUAUGUUAGUUUUAUUUUAAAAGAAGUAAAAUGGGAACAAUUGGAGGCCCACCUACCAAUUCACCAUACGAAAAGUAUGACCAAGGCUAGAUUUGUUGUGAUAAAAUAUGUCAGGUUACAAGUGAAAACUCUAGGUGAGCUAUUUAUUAGGACACAAUAGCUUCUUAAUCUGUAAAAAAAACACAUAUAACUAAUAGACAUCAAAUCAUUUCCUUGGAUUUAGUACCUCCAAAUCUGUAGAAACCUCUAAGGAUAUAUCAUAAUAAUGGGAGUCAUAUUUUUUGCUUUAAUAACUAAAAAGUGUGCUUUGAAGUAAUGUGGUCUCACUGUAAUCUACCAUCAAGCACCUAAACUAACAGAAAAGGUAGAACCAUCACAAUGGAGAUUGUGGAGACGGAAGUGUGUAAUCAGAUAAAUGAAAAUAAAGUUUGGAAAAGGAUUGCAGAGGAGUAACAAGAGAUAUUACUGGUGUGUUUCUUAGUUCAUUGUUGUUUUUCUUUCAGUAAAAGUUCUAUCAGCUGGGGAGACUUGUUCCCUUCUUUGAAGCUAGCUCUUGUUUCUCUGAAGUCAGAUUCCUUAUUCCCAGGGCUCCACUCUGCAAUGCCAGCACAAACAUACAUCAGCAGCUGCACAGCACUUUCCAGAGUUAGCAAGAAGCUAUCAAGCAAUUACUUAUUCCACUUUAGAUCCAUGACCGUGAUUUUACACCACAGGUCUGAGAAAAUCAAAGACAAUGAGUAAAGUCAACAGUCGCAGAAAGCAAGGUCAUGUGGACAAAGAAAUGGACUACACCUGACUGUAUUUAAUUUGAACGAUAAUAUUUGAUAAGAUGAUAAGUGAUAAUGUUGAGUUGAAUAGUUUGGGUAAGGCAUUCUCUUAAUUUUUCAACCUUGGCUACUAUUGUGGUCUCGAGUUUAGGGGGGUGAGUAUCUAUAGUGGUGUGGCGGCCUUUGUAUGUGCCUACCACAUAGAUGAGUGAUGUAAUAUGAAAGUAACAUGUGCUUACAUUGGUAUGUACAUGCAUGCACCCAAGUUUUGUAAUCCGUCCAUCUAAAAAGUGAAUUGGUGGGCUUUGGAAAGGGGAAAUGCAUGCAUAGGAAUGUGCAUACAGUACUGCAAUAAAUAUGUUAUAUUGUGCAUGUAGUGAUGAUGUCAAGCAAGUGCACAGAUCUUAGCCACCUUCAAAGAGGAGCCAGAGAGGAGAUAUGAUAGCCAUCUUCAAAUAUCUAAAGGGCUGUCACAUGGAGGAUGGAACAAACUUGUUUCUACCUGUUCCAGAGGCUAGGACUCAAACCAAUGACUUCUAGUUACAAGAAAGGAGAUUCCGACUAAACCUCAGGAAGAACUUUCUAACAAUAACAGUUGUUUGGCAGUGGAACAGACUCCCAUGGGAGGUGGUGAACUCUCCUUCCUUGGAGGUUUUAAAGCAGAGGAUGGAUGGCCAUCUGUCAUGGAUGCUUUAGCUGAGAUUCCUGCAUUGCAGGGGGUUGGACUAGAUGGCCCUUGGGGUUACUUCAACUCUGCAAGUCUAUGAUUCUAUGAACAUUACAGUGGUAUCACAGGUUGCAUACGCUUCAGGUUACAGAUUCCACUAACCCAGAAAUAGUACCACGGGUUAAGAACUUUGCUUCAGGAUGAGAACAAAAAUUGUGCAGCGGUGGUGCAGCGGCGGCAGGAGGCCCCAUUAGCUAAAAUGGUGCUUCAGGUUAAGAACAGUUUCAGGUUAAGAACAAACCUCCGGAACGAAUUAAGUACUUAACCCAAGGUACCACUGUAUUAUUACAUCGGAAAUUGUGUGAGCUACCCUUAGGUUUCGACGGCAGCACACUCCUCUUAUAUCAAAUGCACAUAUUACGGAUUUCUGCUCAUGUUGGAAAAACAUUGUAGAGUACUAGGGCAUUUUCACACAUGUCAUAAAGAGCACUUCUGAGUCCCUUUCACGUUGCUUAUUUGUACCAUGUGUGAAUGUUGUUAAUGUGUGAAAGAAAGCAGAAAAUAGCCAUUUUAAAAUCAAAUGUACAUUCUGGUCACUGUAAGCUUUACAUUUGCAUUACAGAUCAAUUGAAACAAAAAUCAAUUUAAGCCUCAUGUGUGAAAACAUCCUUAAAUAGCAAUAUGGCAUUGUAAAUACAAGCGGAAUAUUCGACAGCGACACAUGAACUCAAGAGAAGAGAAAAGGAGCUUUAUUAGCUAUUCAGUUCUUAAUUGUAUAUGACCCUUGUGACAUGGAGAAGUGUGUCAGCUGUCAUUUUCUGGCUGUGCCACUAUGUGGAUUUUAGCAGGGAAAUGUGACCCCAAGAGUGUCCAUAACAGGUUUGAAAGAUGUUAAUGAUGGUUACUGUAUGUGGACCGUUAAGCUGGUAAUGGUAAUAUACCAAAAAUGGCACAAGGUGGUGUCCAGCAUUCUCUGCUCACUAGCACAAAGGCUCAUACAGUACUGGGUAGGUGAGUUUUAAUGUUGCUGAACAGAGGACCAGGUAACAAUUGUGCUAGCCGAUUUUUGGGGGCAACAGAUUGCCCAAUUUUGUUUCACAAUAAGGUGCAACCUUAAGUUCAGUUCAUAAGAGAUUUGGAACAAAACUUGGUCUGGUUCUUUGACAUUCUGCUUCCAGCAACUAGUAUCUUCCAGCUUCAUUCCCCAGUCACUCUCUUAAGAUGACACUUCUAGUUUUUUCAGUUUCUCAACAUCUGGUGAUUUUUAAAAAUAUAUAUAAUAAAAAGUCUUGAUGAAAACCCAUCAGCAUUUUGGUGCACAUUUCUCCUAAUUUACAGGUGGGACUUUCCCCCAAUUUUGCCUAAUAGACACAUUUUUGCAAGCAUUUUUUUAAACCAAUAUAUUGAAUUUUCGUCUGUUAUUCUUACUAAACUAUAUAUUUUUGUGUGUUUGCACAUCUUCCCCUAAUAUUUGCAUAUUUUUUUUACACAUCCUUUGGGUAGGAGAAAUGAAUUGCAAAAUUUGAAUUCAGUUCGUGUAUGUGUGGAAGGCCAAAUUAGGCAGGUUUGCCUUAAAAUAUGAAUCGAACAAAAUUUCUCUCCAUCCCUAAUAUGAAUGCAAUACGGAUUACUUCCCCGAGCUAUUUUGAUGGCUGAAAUCAGACCCAAAUUGUUCUCCCUCACUGUUGAGGACCACCACUUUUCAAAGGACUUGACCCAUUCAGACACCAUUCUCUGCUUUCCUCUAUUCUUUCCUCAGCUCCACCCUGCCUGGGCAGGAUCCCCUGAAGUGUAUUGCCUCCUCUGCUUCACGGCAAAGCCAGCUCCGGCAAAAAAUGAAUCUUCAAAAGAGUAAGAACAUCUUUUGCAUAAUGUACCCCUGUCCACUGGUCUAUGAAUUCGUUUUGGACAGAGAUUUGAUUGCCACCCCAAACAAUGACAUUUAGAUGGCAACCUAAAAAUGUUUUUAUUUCUCUAGGCUUUUGGUGGUUUGCCACAUCUUGCAAAAGAAAUGGCCUACGGUCAACUGUAUCGUUGUUGAUUCAUUGAUGACUCCUAAUUACUGUCUUAAAUGCAUUUCUUUCGUUUAAAACAUUGUUCUUAGACUCCCUGAGCUCCAGUCGGAAGAGCAGGGUGAUAAGUACAGUAAAUAAAUAAGUAUAUAAUGAACAAACUUUAAAAAUUCCACAGUAACUGGAGAUCCUUGAAGAGCCUGAAGACACAUGUGGCAAAGACCAUGGAAAGAGCAAAGGUUUCCCCCCUUUGGAGGAACGUUUUAUCCCCAACUUCCUUCCAAACCUGCACACUUGCUAAGUAAAAGGUUGUCAGCUAGCUGAAAAUAAAGAACACCUUCCCCUUUAGUGUGGGCAGGCAAUGUUUUAAUUGCAUUUGCAUUGAUGAAAGUGCUGAGAGGAUUCCCUGUCACACACAAACUUAAAGAGAAUGAUGCUUCAUUCCCAGCAAUUUGUGGCUUCAGUGUUCCUGUUAUCCUCAUAGCACACUCUUGUGUACUAAAGCAUAGCCGGUCUUGAAACAUUUGUGUCAUUUUACACCAUUAAACCUUCAAAACACACUCAUUCGGAGUUGCAUAGCGACCCUCCUCAUCAAAGAAAAGACUUUUUCAACCCAGUGAAUUGUAACUAUUCUACUGAAUAUAUUUACGUGGAAAAAAUAAAAUAAAAGCCUAUAUGAAUUUUUAAAUGUCCACUUAUUCAAUUAUUUCCAUAUAUCAAGGGCAGGCUCCUACAUUUCAGAAAGCACAAUGUACAAUGUAUUUUUUCCCCCUCUUAGAGAUUUAUUCUCUUAAAAUCAGCCUCAUUUAUUGCAAAUUCUCUCACAUGCCUGGCUGGAAAAGCAUAUCUGCAGUGUGAUGCAUCUAUAUGUCUUUCUAUACAGUCAUUAGGCUGAAAAACAUUUUAGAAGGUAUGUGAAAAUCCUGCAUAAAUGGUAUCUAUUUUCUGCCUAUCAGAUGCUUCUCAGUAAAAUUACACUGCAAUUCAAAACUCAAAUUUAUAUUAGACAUCAAAACUCAACCUCUGAAGCCUUUGCUUCUACUUGUGAGCAAUUACUUAUACCAUUAUACCAGGUUUCCUCAACCUCGGUCCUCCAGAUGCUUUGAGACUACAAUUCCCAUCAUCCCUGACAACUGGUCCUGCUAGCUAGGGAUCAUGGGAGUUGUAGGCCAAAAACUUCUGGAGGGCCGAGGUUGAGGAAGCCUGCAAUAUACCAACUCCAUCAAAGUGAGCUGAUGCUUCACCAUGUUUUUUGCCCUUUGCUAAGAGCUGCCCUGUAUGACCAGUGAAUGACCAAGUUGCAUGAUGAUGUCACACUGAAGCUCUUUCUUUCAUUGACAGCUAGAGCCUCCACAUCACAAAAGGCCAAAAAUGUAGAGCUGAUAUUCACACAUCCUUGUGUGAUGUCUCAGCUGAUAUCUCAGCCUACAGAAGCUUGUAGCUCCAUUAAGUAUUGUGUUUGAGGUUCCCUUUACCUUUGAGGUGAUAAAGCCCUAUCUGUGGUAAUUGAUCGGUGAUGUAUCCCGAUUUGUAUACACUAAUUAUGCGGGACAUUAUACAACAUCACUUGUUUAGUGAGCUUUUCUUCUGAUUUGUUUGCCAGGAGGUUAUACAACUGCCUUAAGCAGUUGUUACUACCCCACACUUUCUGGUGCCUUUUGCCCAUCACUUUCUUUACUGCAAAAAAUCCAUUGGUGAGCUGUGCAAGAGUUCCAAAUCCAUUUUCACUGUGCGCUUUCCAUUUGUUGGUUUGCCGCUGAAUCCCAUCUGCAAAAUAACAACAGUCUGGAAACAGCCUGGGUCUUAUUUUUUACACAUAGUUUGGAAAACUUCAGAAGGUUCUAGAAAAUUAAGAAACAGGAGCUUGGAACAUUAAUAAAAAAUAAAGCUGGUAAGAACACAUGGUUAAAGCAGUCAGUCUGAUACAGCCAUUGAUACUAAAAGGAGUUUUCCUUUCUUUUCCCAGGCAACGAGGAGAGCAACUUGAAUGGCGUUUCAUGUUCAUCAUAACAACCACAAUAAUUAAAAAUUGA